AUGUCUACUACGUGGCUACUCGGGCAGAGCCCGUUUGCCAUCAUAGCUGGGACGUGGAUUUUGUACCAGGUCCUCAAGGUCCUCUACAACCUCUCGCCGCUUCACCCCCUGAGCCACAUUCCCGGACCGAGGCUCGCGGCCGCGACAUAUAUACCAGAGUUUUACCACGAUGCCAUACUCGUCGGGCGGUACACCCACCAGAUUGUGGAAAUGCACCGCAAGUACGGGCCCAUUGUUCGCAUAAACCCAAACGAGGUUCACUGCAACGAUGUCAACUUUUCCGACGAGAUUUAUGCAGUGGGCGGCCGAAAGCGCGACAAGUCAAUCCACCAGAUCAACGGCGCAGUAUUCGGGAGGUCUGGCUUUGGAACCAUUGAUCACGAUGUGCACCGCAUGCGAAGGGCUCCCCUUGGAAAGUUCUUUUCGCGGAACAACAUAGCCAAGCUGGAAAGCGAAAUCCACAAUCUGGUCCAGAAACUGUGCGACAAAUUCCUAAAGGACUCUGGAAACGUCAUCGAGAUCGCCACGGCCUUUAGCUGCUUCACGUCCGACGCCAUUUCUGGCUAUUGCUUUGGCGAAAGCUUUGGGUUUCUGGAGCAGGACGGAUGGUAUCCCAAUUUUCGCGAUCCCGCCCUCUCCACCGUCAAGCCAAUCUUCUUUUUCCGCUUUUUCCCAUGGACCAAGUCGUUUUUGAUCCUGGUGCCCUGGAUCAUCAACUACCUGCCCACCGACGUGGCGCUUCUCAUCAAGACCAUGCAGAUUGAGAUGCCCGGUCGUGUGCAGAAGACCAAGGCGGAGAUUGAGUCUGGAAUGUCUCUGCAAUACAAACGCCCAACCGUCUUUGGCUCGCUGCUAGAGUCAGACCUGCCCGAGGAGGAGAAAUCCGGCGCGCGCCUGACGGACGAGGCCGGAGCCGUGGUGGGCGCGGGCACCGAGACGACGAGCUGGUCGCUCUCCGUCAUGACGUACCACCUCCUCGCCAAGCCCGAGGUGCUGCAACGGCUGCAGGACGAGCUGCGCCAGGUGGUCGACGACCCCAAGAACCUGCCGCCGUGGUCGGUGCUCGAGGCCCUGCCCUACCUCGGCGCCGUCAUCCAGGAGGGGCUGCGGCUGUCGUACGGCGUCUCGUCGCGGACCGCGCGCGUCGCCACCGAGGAGGACCUGGUCUACCGCGGCGAGUUUCGCGGGCGGCCGCUCGAGUACGUCAUCCCCCGCGGCACCGCCGUCGGCAUGUCGGCGGCCAUCACCCACCACGACGAGAGGGUCUAUCCGAACUCGCACGAGUUCAUCCCCGAGCGCUGGCUCAAGGACAAGGACGACCCGCAGAGGAAGGAGGCCGAGCGUGCGCUAUUGGCCUUUUCCAAGGGGAGCAGGGGCUGCCCUGGCAAGACCCUCGGUCUCUGUGAGUUGACUCUGGCGUUAUCCGCCGUGGUCUUGCGCGUCCUCCCCCAUGCUCGCCUGUACGAGACGACCAUUAGGGAUGUGGCGUAUGACCACGACACUCAAGUUCCCAGGACGGUCAAGGAGAGCAAAGGGAUCCGAGUUGUGAUCAACUGA